GUUUAGAGGUCACAUUGUUGACGUUAGUUUCGACUCGAGCUCUUUUCAACUUGUCAUCCAGUCUUCAUGGGGUUCCCAUUCCGAGUUUGGCCCUUGGGUACCCGUGUGUCGUCUUGGCAUGGCGGGCGAUUUUCGCCCAUCCGAGUGCAAUCCAACUCGGCUUCCGGCAAAUACAGAUUCAAAGCCCUGCCCAACCUUCGCCAGGAACAGAACCAUUACGGCCCCGGGAAAUAUCUCCUCUUGAUCAUUCCCGCCACCACCUUCGGUCUAGGGGUGUGGCAGACCCAACGCUUGAGUUGGAAAUCGAAGCUCAUCCAAGAGUUAAGUGACAAGACCCAGGCACCUCCAAUAGACUUACCCGAAACGUUAACGGACAUCAACGGUUUAGAAUAUCAACGAGUUAAGGUUCGCGGCCGAUUUGAUCACACCCGACCAACGUUCAUUGGACCUCGGUCUCUUUUGACGAGCGACGAGACUUCGGCGGGCGGUCUGAUAUCCUCGAACUCGACCGCCGGUUGGCACGUGAUCAUGCCCUUUCAAUUGAGCGACCGCCCAGAGACCAUUCUGGUGAACCGAGGAUGGGUGUCUAAAUAUCACUUGGAUCCAAAGUUGCUUGCCGAUCAAUCCAGUCAAGACGAAGUCGAUGUGGUGGGCGUAGUAAGAACAACGGAGCCCAGGCAACAGUUUCAGCCCAAGAACUCUUUUCGCGAUAACAAAUGGUUGUCGAGAGACGUGGAGAAAUUGGCCGCCUACCUAAACACCGACCCGAUCUUCAUUGAUGCAUGUGAUAGUGUACCCAACGGACCCGUGGGCGGACAAACACGCGUCACUUUAAGGAACGACCAUCUAUCAUACCUUCUGACCUGGUUUUCUCUAGCCGCAGCCACAACGUAUAUGUGGAUCAAAAAAUUUGCUCUUAAAUGAUUCCCAUUCAUAAUAAAGAUGAUGAAACUAGUCCAGGA